AUGGCAUUACGAAGUGGUGUUAGUUUUUUACGAUUUCACGCAUUACGUUCAUCGAGUAGGUUAUUAUCAACUCACACCAGACCGGAAGUACAACAAAAUGGAAGAAAAAUCGCUGAAUUUCCUGGCGCGAAGGCACCUUACGUCACUGAAAUGAAAAUAUUAAAUGAAAGUAGUUAUGAGCCUAUUCCUAUAUAUCGAGUGCUAGACAAUAAUGGAGAUGUUUUAAUUAAUACCGAGGAACCUAACCUUGAUAAAGAGGUUUUACUAAAUAUGUAUAGGAGUAUGGUUCAGCUCAAUCAAAUGGAUAAAAUCCUAUAUGAAUCUCAAAGACAGGGUCGUAUAUCAUUUUACAUGACAAACUAUGGCGAGGAAGGCAUGCACCUUGGCAGUGCAGCCGCCCUAACACCACAAGACCUCGUGUUUGCUCAAUACAGAGAGGUCGGCGUCCUUCUAUACCGCGGUAUGACUAUGACAGAACUUGUGAAUCAGUGCUAUGGCAAUCACGAAGAUCCUGGUAAGGGAAGACAUAUGCCAGUCCACUAUGGAAGCAAACAACUUAACAUAGUCACUAUAUCCAGCCCUUUAGCAACACAAAUGCCGCAAGCGGUAGGAGCAGCGUAUGCAUUCAAAAGGACACCAAACAACGAUCGUUGCGUCAUCUGCUAUUUCGGAGAGGGAGCGGCUUCUGAGGGAGAUGCUUUUGCCGCCUUUAACUUCGCAGCUACGCUUGAGUGCCCAGUUAUCCUAUUUUGUAGAAACAACGGCUAUGCGAUUUCAACGCCAAGUCGCGAGCAAUAUCGCGGGGACGGUAUCGCAGCCCGGGGGCCUUCAAUGGGAAUUCACACUAUUCGAGUGGACGGAACUGAUACAUUGGCCGUCUACAACGCGGUCACAAAGGCUAGAGAAAUGGCUCUCAUGAACAAACCUGUACUUAUUGAAGCUAUGUCCUACAGGGUGGGUCAUCACUCCACAUCAGACGAUAGUACGGCGUAUAGAUCGUUACAGGAAAUUCAAAAAUGGACGACAGACGAAAAUCCCGUACAGAAAUUCAGACUUUAUCUGGAACGAAAAGGACUGUGGAACGAAGAAGCAGAAAACGCUCUCGUCAAAGAUUCGCGAAAUUUCAUCGUAAGAACGAUGCAGGAGGCUGAAAAGAAGAAGAAACCUCACUGGAAGGAGAUGUUUGAAGACGUGUAUUAUGACAAGCCAUUUCAAUUACAAAAACAAAUGCAGGAAUUUGAAGAACAUUUGAAGAAAUAUGGCGAGCACUACCCGUUGGAUAAUUUUCAAAAGGAAUAA